CUUGACGCUGCCGGUCAAGAGGGGGUCUCGCUAGAGGUCGGAAACAGCAGCAAAGUUUCUUGUCCGCUCUCUAUAUUUCAGCACAACCCACCUCUGCCCCCCUCUCUCUCUCUCACCCGCACCUCGCCGCCCUUCCUCCGGAUCUCGGCUCUGCUCGGCGGCGCCAGCAGAGCGGGGUCGGAGGCAUACGAGCGAAUCCCCCAGACAACGUUGCUCACAGCUCGAGAGGCCGACAAAGCAUUGGUUCCUCUGUGCUCGCCACGUCAUGGCGGCGGCGCUCAUGGACGGCGAGCUCGGGAGCCUACUGAAGGCCACGGCGGCGGUUUGGGCGGCCAUGUACUACGCCCGCAUGGCCGCCGCGCUCAUUCGCCCAGGCGCCGCUCGCCUCGCCGCGCUUCUGCCCGCUGUCGCGCUCUUCUGCGCGAUCCCCUUCGCCUUCUCCACCACCACGUUCCGCGGCAGCUCCGCCUUCUUCCUCUGCUGGCUCGGCACCUUCAAGCUCCUCCUCCUCGCCGCCGGCCGCGGGCCCCUGGACCCGUCCCUCUCCCUGCCCCACUUCGUCUUCUCCGCCUCCCUGCCCGUCAAGUUCCGGCAGCCCGCCCCCGCCAAAUCAAAGGACCAAGAUCCCGCUUCGGCUUCGGCCCGUGGACACGGCCCGGCCAAGAUCCUCGUCGCCGGCGCCGUCAUCCCCUUCAUCAUCUACGCGUACCAGUUCAAGGACGCGAUGCGCCGGUGGCAGCUCGUCCUCCUGUACACCGUGCACAUCUACCUCUCCCUGGAGCUCCUGCUGGGCUCGGUGCGCGCCCUGAUCCACGGCGUGCUGGGCAUGGAGAUGGAGCCGCAGGUGGACCGGCCGUACCUGGCGUCGUCGCUGCGGGACUUCUGGGGCAGGCGGUGGAACCUCAUGGUGCCCGCCAUCCUCCGGCCGUCGGUGCACGGCCCAGUGCGCGCGCGCUUCGGCGACGCGGCGGGCGUCAUGGCGUCCUUCCUCGUCUCCGGGCUCAUGCACGAGGUGAUGUUCUACUACAUCAUGUGGCAGCCGCCCAGCGGCGACGUGACCGCGUUCUUCGUCCUGCACGGCGCGUGCACCGCGGCGGAGGGGUGGUGGGCGCGGCACGCCGGGUGGUGGCGCCCGCCGCGGGCGGCCGCGGUGCCGCUCACGCUGGCGUUCGUGGGCGGGACGGGGAUCUGGCUCUUCUUCCCGGCCAUGGUCAGGGGCGGCCUGGACGAGCUUGUGCUGCAGGAGUGCCAGGGCUUAGUGGCGGCCAUGGAGCAGGCCGGCCGUUGGCUCGCCGGCGGCGCCGCCGCCGGUCCCAUUCUUUCCACGCGCUGACCAGGAGAAAACAUGCGCUGUGACGAGGGGCCGAACGUGUGCCGUACGAUUAGGAUCCAAAGGGCGAUAGGAGUAUACUACUUGUGAUGUGGACUGUGGUAGACUUCAGAUCUUGGAAGGUCGUGAUUGAACAUUCAUUGAUCGAUAAUAAUUAAAAUAUAUUGAUAUUCA